AUGAGCGGCAUCUGCAGCGGCACCAAGCUUGGAUCAAAUACUGAUGAGACAUCUGGGCUGCAAAUGAUACUAGAGGCUGCCGGGCAUAUUGAAAAGGAAUCGAAUGUUGCGAGUCAAAACGAUAUUCGGAUUGAAGUUGAUGACGAUAAUCGGGGCCACGAGCCUUUCUAUACCUCGGAAAUAAACAUUGAGAACUUGGUGUCCGGUCAUCCUUCCCCUAGUUGCUCCUCCGGCAAUGGUACUGCGAAUUCAGGCCUUUCGACGUCUCCAGGUAGUAGUGAUCCAACCAUAUCAAACCAUCUGUCAGAGGAGCCAAACCGUAUGCAAUAUUUUGCAACGGACCAAAUCGCGAGGAAUCUCUCCCCGGAAUCGCCAGCGGUGGAUCCAGCAGCAAUGACCAUGUCGCAAACAGGAAGGCUCUAUAAUCAUGCGCCAACUUCCCAUACUUGCGAUCUCACCUCAACAGAACACCAACAAGGCACUGCUCAGCGCCUGCGCAAGAGGAAACCUGGGCGGACACCACCGGAAUUCUACCGCCAGAUCAGCAGGAAAUGCAUUGGAGAAUCCAAGAUGAGUCCAUAUGCGUUUGGCCAACAUCUGCGCAAGAGGAAACCUGGGCAGAUAGCACAGGAAUUCUACCGCCAGAUCAGCAGGAAAUGCAUUGGGGAAUCCAAGAUGAGUCCAUAUGCGUUUGGCCAACAUCUGCGCAAGAGGAAACCUGGGCAGAUAGCACAGGAAUUCUACCGCCAGAUCAGCAGGAAAUGCGUUGGGGAAUCCAAGAUGAGUUCAUACGCGAUUGGCCAACGUCUGCGCAAGAGGAAAACUGGGCGGACACCAACGGGAAUUCUACCGCCAGAGCAGCAGGAAAUGCGUUGGGGAAUCAAGGAGGAAUUCAUACGCCCAACUUCUGGGCAACAGGAAUCAUGAGCAGAACCAGUGCUUCUGUAGACGUAAUUCAACGAGC